AUGGAUUGGUUUCGGAAAUCUGCUAUCAUGUGGCCACCAAAUCCCCGGAGCCUACUAUCACAGGAUGGCGAAUUGGGGGCCAUGGGACACCUUCAGCAGUCUCAACCUGCACCAGUGGCUCCACAACAGAGCCUGCCAAUGACGAUCGAUGGUUCCAGCAUCACUAGCACAUCUCACCAACCAUCUGUACCAUUGGCGACUGGCAGUCCAAGCGGCACUGCCUCAUUUCAAUCAAUAUCCAAGAAACCAGCCAGAAAACAAUAUGGAUUGGUGCAACAAUCACCAGUGGCUCCAAAACAGACCCUGCCGACGAUGACUGACAGUUCCAGCAGCUCCAGCGCAUCUCACCAACCAUCUGCACCAUCUACGACUGGCAGUCUGAGCUGCACCGCCUCAUCACAAUAUAUAUCCAUGGAAGCGGUAGGAAAACAAAAUGGAUUGGCACAACCCGCACCAAUGGCUCCACAACUGACCCUGCUGAUGAUGACGGACAGUUACGACAGCUCUAGCACAUCUCACCAACCAUCUGCACCAUUAGCAACUGGGGGUCCGAGUGGCACCAUCUCAUUACAAUCAAAAUCCAUGAAAUUGGCCGGAAAACAAUAUGGAUUGGUGACAGAGAGCAGUGUCACAAGAAUCAUUCCGUCGCCCACCUCCAUUUAUCUUGCUAAAGUGCAGUCGAAAGAACCCAAUUCAAGCAUCACCGGCCCAUCAUCCAUGAUUCUUGAACGGGCCAUGAGGAUUCUUAAGAACACGAGUAUCAAGAUUCCCCGGAGCUCUCAGAAAAGGGCAGCCCACCAGCGUCUCCGGAAGAUCAUGCCGCCGCUUGAAGAAGAAGACCCAGGCAUUGGAGAUGGUGAUUUUCUCCAUCUCAGAAGUGGGGUUAUUCCGACAAGGCCUGCCAGUCAGCGGAUCACUACACUGAGCCAUUCCGAUAACAGAGGUGGGGGUAUGGAUGGUGAUAAUGCAUCCAGAGGUGGAGAUGUUCGACCGGAGCCAAAUUCUUUGCGCCAAUCGCAGAUCAUGAUGCCACACCCUUCUGACAAUGGUGGGGACAGCAAUGGAGAUGACACAUUCCUUCUCACCGCCGGAGAUAUUCCAAUGCACCUCUCACAUACCACGAUGCCACAACCUUCCAGCAAUGAAGGUGGGGGCAGCAAUGGAGAUGGCACAAUCCUUCUCAGCACUGGAGAUGUUCCGAAAGGGCCCACCACUCCCCGCCUCUCGCUGACCACGGUGCAACACCCUUCCAGAAAUGGAGGGGGCAGCAUUAAUGGAGAUGAUGCAUUCCAUCUUAGCAUUGGAGAUGUUUUGACAGGGCCCACCACUCCUCGUAUCUUUCAAACCAUGAUGCUCCUCCAUUCCGACAACGAAGGUGGGAGCAGCAAUGGAGAAGACACAUUCCUUCUUAUCUCUGGAGAUGCUUCGGUCGGGCCCAACAUUCUGCACCUCUCUCAGACCAUGAUGCCGCACCUUUCUAACAGUGAAGGUGGAGGUGGGCAAGGUGACAAUACAUCCCUUUAUGAUGGUAGAGAUACGCUGACAGAGCCCUCUAUUCCACUGCCCAUGCAGGCCAUGAAACUGCAACAUUCUGACCAAGAAUGCACCAACAGCAGCAACAGCAGCGACAUGUUCUAUUGUGGCAGUACACAUUUUCUGCAGAGUCCAUCUGGGAUGCUGAAUACAAGUUGGUUGCCUUUGUUAGAUGAAGUUCCAUGGAUUCGCACUGCUCCUGCAAGAUCAUCGGCUCCAGUCGUUUCAUUGCUGAUGCCUUUACCAUCCAAUAUAGAACUGCUGGAGGCGAUGAAUUCUACACCAUUGAAUACAGAAACACCAGGAGCUCUUGAUUGGCUACAAGAAGAGUAUGAGAUUGUUUCUGAGUUGCUUUUAUACACGGAAGAACAAUGGGCGAUAGCAGACGCUGUAGCUAAGAAAUAUGAAAAUCAGUUAGAUGAAGUUUCAGGGAUUUGCACCAAUCGUCGAAAACUGUCAGCUCCAGUCUUUUCAUUGGUGCUGCCUUCACCAUCCAAUACAGAAUCGCUGGUGCUGAUGACUUUUACACCUUCCAAUACAGAAACACUGGGGGCCAUGAUUUCUACGCCAUCCAAUAUAGAACAGCCUGGGGCCAUGACUUCUAAACCAUCUAAUACAGAACCAUGGGGGGCAAUGAUUUCUACAACACCUAAUAAAGAACUGCCGGGUGCCACAACUUAUACACCAUCAAAGGAACCUUACAGUGAAAACCAAACAGAUCCAAAGUCUCAAGGAUAUGCGGGCCAAAUGGUAGAUGGCCGUAAAGCUCUUCGAGAGAUGCUUGAUUGGCUACAAGAAGAGUAUGAGAUUGUUUGUGAGUUGCUUUAUUACACGAAAGAGCAAUGGGCGAUAGCAGAUGCUGUAGCUCAGAAAUAUGAAAAUCAGGAUUACCACUUGCUACCAUGCCUAAGGAAAGAUACAAUUCUCUGUCAAACUCUACACUUGCAGCCUCAUUAUGGCGACCCCAAAUCAUUCGCUGCCCGGUUGGAUGGGAGACAUUGA